ACUUGUCCCUUUGCGACACAACUUUGGAUGCCGAGAAUGUACCUCCUUGUCCUGUUUGUUGCGACUCUGCAAACACUCAACGUGACGCCGGCACGACAUACGCUGCGUUAUUUCAUCACAGCGUCCUCUCAAAUCACAAAGCUGCCAGAGUACUGGGAGGUCGCGUAUGUUGACGGCGUUCAGAUUUCGCACUUUGACAGCAACAGCCGGAAAACGAAAGCCAAACUGGACUGGGUGAACAAAAUCGCAACAGAGGAUCCAGACUUCUGGGAGCGAGAGCUGCGCGGCAGUAUCGGCAAUGAGCAGGUGUUCAAGGUCAGCCUUGAAAUCGCUAAAGAGCGCUUCAACCAAACUGGAGGCGUUCACAUGAUCCAGGUGAUGAAUGGCUGUGAAUGGGAUGACGAGACUGGUGAGGUGGAUGGUUGGGAUCAGCACAGGUAUGACGGAGAAGACUUCAUCUCAUUUGAGUGGAAAACGAUGAGAUGGAUCGCAGCGAAUCCACAAGCUUUCAUCACAAAGAACAAGUGGGAACGAUCGGACGGCAUCAAAGAAUACUCGAAGAGAUACGUCACUGAGAUUUGUCCUGCUGUCUUGAAGACGUAUGUGAGCAAUGGGCGGGACUUCUUGAUGAGAACAGGUGCAGUGGCCGCUCACACUCUCUCGUCCUCUCAGCCGUUCUCUUCAUCUGUCCAUCGUCCUCGCACGCUCUUGCUUUCUUUCACCCUCUCUUCAUGCUCGCUGCCGGUUGUCCUCUCGCACCUUCUUGGCGCGCUUCCAAGUUGUCCUCGUUUGCCGUUUCCUUCGCUGUCUCACGCAUUCCCUCCAUCUUUAUCCUGAUGCGUUCCGGUCAUCUUUUGCCCUCACACAUUCCCUGAGCAUCAUCCUCUUGCGCGUGCUCUCCCUAC